CUGAAAAGGUAUAGUGGUGUAUGCCUUCUUUGUGGCUAUGGCGCUUAGCGAUUGGCAAUCAGUAUUGAGCACCCCUCGCAAUGUCGAUCGGGUUGGUAGCUGCAUCGUUAGGCAUAAUUGGUGUAAAUAUGGAUCCAAGACGCUGCCGGCAAGGUGGUGGGCGCUUAAAGCACUGCCUAUAUGAGGAUGGUGCCCCGACAUUUGCUACUGGGUCUUCUGCGACUAUUUAAGGGGUCUGAAACUUGCCAUCGGUAUAUUGCGGCUGCCGUGACCUUCCUCCCCUCACAACAGUGCGAUCAAAUUCAAGCGCGCUCUGUCUGCAUGAGCAGGUCGUCAAACGAAUUGAGACAAACCUUCCCACGCGAAGAUACGGGUAUCGGAGCGAAAUCUCACCAGAAAUCGCCAGGAUGAGUGUCAGCAUGGACACGACAGAGUCCAACUAUCCUCCCGAGACGGAUAGUAGUGGUACCGUCACAUCAUACAUGCCACUCACCUCAGUAUGGACGGCUUCCUCGGGAUGCGAAAGCAAAUUUCGCCUUGACGGACCUAGUCUCAUGGCCUGGGACCCUGGAUAUAUGCUUGACAUAGAUACCAAUGCUCGACGUUGUCCACCUCAGAUGGUGACUUGGUGGGAACAAGCUCUGCUCGGUGUUGGAGGUCAAUAUCACACACACAGAUGGAGAUUGGGCCGUUCACUGGCCCGGAAUCGUGGCCAACGGUCGCAUCAUCAAUUAAGAAUGAAUACAGCACGCUAUGGAUGUGUUGUCCAUCAUUCGACCGUUGGGGCAAUCGAUUUAGUUGGCUGGGAGAUAAAGUACCCCGUCACGGCCACAGCAACAGCCACAACUACGUCAACGGCGACCGCGUCCACCUCCUCAUCCACUUUAACUUCGGUUCCAUCAACAGCAGAGGACAAUACUUCAACUUCUGGGAAUACCCUGAGCACUGGUGCCAAAGCCGGAAUUGGCAUUGGUGUUGGGGUGGGCGCAGUGGGCAUAAUCGCUUUGAUCCUGGCUUUAUUCCUUUUCAACCAGCGGAAACGACUCGCCAUAAACAGUCAGCAGCCGGUCGCUGCAUACGCAUACUAUCCGCCAUUUGCAAGGAAUGCGAAGCCCGCUGAGCUACCAGGGUAUAGGGGUAUGCCUGGUGAUGCGUGGGCUUCCUCACCUGUGGAAAUGGGCGAGAGGUAA